AUGGAGACAAUUGCUCAAAUGGCCAAGUUGCUCCACUUGCUUGUCAAGUUGACAACUUACCAAGUUGCUCAUUCGGUGGAGAUUAAAAUAGUAAAAGUGGCCUCCUCCAAGCCAAGAAGUGUGGCCGCCAGUGGAAAAACGGUGUUAAAGUAUUUAACAAACGAAAUGCUUUUACGAGAAGCGAGGACAGACCCACUCCUGGAGAGAUACAAAGCUCACGUGCGAGGAUGUGCUUUCCGGUUGCUUAAGGAAUUGUUAAUAAACCGACUUGAUAUGAAACUUAUUGUUAUGAGUGCAACUCUUGAAGCAGAGAAAUUUCGGGGUUAUUUCAAUGGUACUCCACUUAUGAGAGUUCCUGGGAGACUUCAUCCGCUGGAGAUUUUCUACUCUAAGCAACGAGAGAGGAAUUAUCUCGCGGCCGCGAUUCAAACGGUUGUGAUGAUCUACAUGCUUUAUACCGAAAAGGGUUUUAACACAGGCCUAGAGGCGCAAACUUACCCAGAAAUACAACGCUGGAAUUUGGCGAACACGGUUCUUAUCUUGAAGAAACUUGGUAGUAUCACAUGUGGGCCUAUAUUUAGGCUUUCAAGAGUCUCCAACUAUUCAUAUGGGACAAGGUCGCUAAAACAAGCCGACGAUGCGCGACAACAGCUGUCGCAGAUCAUGGCAAGGUUCAACCUCAAGUUAUGCAGUUCAGAUUUCAACAGCGGCGACUACUAUGUGAAUAUUCGGAAGGCGAUAUUGGCCAGGUAUUUCAUGCAGAUGGCUCAUUUGGAACGUAAAGGACAGUAUUUGACAGUUAAAGAUAAUCAAGUUGUACAGUUGCAUCCUUGGAAAUCCCUUGAUCAUAAACUGGAAUGGGUGGUUUACGAUGAAUAUGUAUUGACUAGCCGGUUGAGAUAG